AUGCGACUGCAUUCAAUACCCCCGCAAGAGCUUUUCUACAAAUGGGAAUCAUAUAGCAUUAAGAUGGGACAGGAUGAUAUGAAAUUGGAUAUCGAUACUGUUAGAGCGCUCAAGCAAAGUGUGCAAGACGGGUUGGAAAAGGAGAAUCGAAAAACUAAGGCUCAAACGUCAAAUAAAAGAGUGGGAGCUACGCCUCGAAAUGCAGGAAACAGUAAUGAUGUUUUUGGAAUAUAUCGCGCCAAAUACCCCCGAAGUGGGAUGAGUUCGCGGCCGAAACGCAAAAUAGAGACACCUUCUAUGUCAAGAGUGAAAGCAGAACCGGCUAGUAGUCCCCCCGACUUCAGGACAUCGAAAACCCUGAGGGAGAAUGAUACUGGUGGUGAAUCUGGAGUCGGCUCUUCAUAUGCCCCAACUUCAUUCAACGAUAGAAGGUUCGCCGGCCAAACUGUAGAAGUUCUGAAUGACCACCUCGAGCUACCAGAGCCUCCAAUUGCUCCUUAUCCAGAAUCAAGAAUCAAACUUACAGCCAACUCAGAUAUGAAGAAAUUAUCUUACAAGACAAUGGCCAUGAAAUCAUCAGAAGCGUCAGAAAUAUUGGAUGACCGUAUAGACGAGUUCAUGCUUCUCAUGCAAGCACAUCAUAAGCUAGAUGACUCAGACUUCGGUAGUGCAGCAAGUCAAAGUACGAAUGAGAUAGUAUCUGUUGGGAGGAUUGCAUGCGACUCUGCCGAAGGAAAGCUUAAUCCAUCUUCAAUCGUACUUGAAACCUCGCGAAGGAUGGGUGCUGGAUUACGAAUACCACUCAAAGUUGAUAAGAUGAGUGGAUUCCAAUUCUUCCCUGGGCAGAUAGUUGCACUGAAGGGAAUAAAUGCUUCUGGAGAAGAUUUUACAGUGAGCGAGAUUCUUGAGCCACCUCUUCUAGGCGUUGCUGCAUCCACGCCUGCUGGCCUUGAUGAACAUGUUCAAAGACUUCGAGGAGGUCCAGAUGCAAUGGAUGAAGACUCUGACCCUGCACCUCUAAACAUUAUUAUUGGAAGUGGUCCCUUUACAGCAGAUGACAAUCUAGACUUCGAACCUCUACAUGCAAUUUGUAGCCAAGCAGCGGAUACCUACGCUGAUGUACUAAUUUUGACUGGGCCAUUUCUUGAUAUCGAUCAUCCUUUAAUUGCAAGUGGAGAUUUUGAUCUCCCUGAGGAAGCUCUAGCUGAUCCGGACGCCGCCACCAUGUCGGCCAUCUUCAAACAUCUUAUUACUCCAGCUUUUACCCAACUCACUUCCACUCACCCCCGAAUUACUAUACUCCUUAUUCCUUCAGUCAAAGAUGCUAUCGAUAAACAUGCUGCCUGGCCUCAAGAACCCUUUUCAAAAAAAGACGUUGGACUUCCCAAAGCUGUUCGUGUCAUCGGUAAUCCCAUGACUAUUGCCCUGAACGAAAUCGUCAUGGGUAUCUCCUCCCAAGAUAUCUUGUAUGAACUGCGGCAUGAAGAAAUCAUUGGCGGGAAGCCACAGGAUCCUACCUUGCUCGCUCGAUUACCCAAGUAUUUAAUUGAGCAACGUCAUUUUUUCCCCCUAUUUCCGCCGGUCCAGAGAACUCAAUUGCCGAAAACUGGGACGGAGGAUGGGGUUCCCGUGGGAGCCAUGCUAGAUACGAGUUUCUUAAAGUUGGGGGAGAUGAUCAAUGUGAGGCCGGAUAUGUUGGUGGUCCCAAGUUCACUACCCCCUUUGCCAAGCAUCGAUGACGCAGCAAGAGAGAACGCAGGGAACUAUGAUCGGUCAUAA